CUUCGAAGUGUUAUUUUCGCUAUUUGUGACCAAACUUGUGGGCAGACAGCGUAAAGAAGAGGGAUUACCCGGUCUCCCUAAAACCUAAUCUAUUCGACUUUUCGUGGCAGCUUUCUCAUUUUUAGGUUUUGUACUCAGUGCUAUUUUAUUCGCUUUUCCGAGCUACAGGAUAGUCUUGCUCCUUCUGAGGAUUUCUUUGCGUAUUUGUUUCGAGUUUGCGAGUACUAUAGCUGAAAAGGAUAUGCCGCCGUGAAUUGAUCAUUCGUCCUUUGGGGAAGGGAAUACUUAUGAGUUAUAAUUCGCGACACGUGAAGAUCUGUCCCCAGCCAAAAAUGGUGGGAUGUCGGUACACUUCUCUUCUUAAAACAAAAGAUCGCUGUAGGGACCAGGUAUUGUGGUGUGGACGUGGGAGACUCCGAAACCGUCGGCAAGUACCUGCAGUAUUAACGUUAGGUGCUUCGGCUAACUGACUACUCGCAAAGCAGGAGGCCAGAAGAAAGGUUGUAUUAGCUGAAUCAGCUUUUGAUAGUUGACGUUCUACGCGGACGGAGCAGUAGUGCAAGGCACACAUUCUUGCACAAUAAUUUGCGCCGAGUCUUUUAAAUACCAACUCUAGAUCCCUUUAGACCUGGUCUGUCCAGUUUUACAUUUUCGGGCCUCCAGCAUUAAGUCGAGGAGUUAUGGCAUUGCAUUCUUGGCACAAAGCUUCAACCAGAUUGCCAUUAUUUAAAUUGCAGAAACAGCUGUCGGAGCAUUCUGAGAGCGGACUAUCCGGUUAAACGUGAUCUCGCCAUUGAUUUUACCGAGAGCAUCAACUUUGCGUCGAUGGGGGCUGUAAAUCACGAAUUGUCGGUGCAUUAGCCGGGAGAGUUUCGCCCUGAUCAAAAACACAAGACACGUAUUACUCUAGAGCAUGUUAGCCCUCGUUUUUUUCAAACUCUAAUCAGACGAUUCGAUCCUCUCAGUUUCUAUUUCUUACCCACCAAGUACAAAUUGAUGGGAUCAAGGUUCAGCUGGGGAAUAUGAGCAAUUACAGACAGCGACGUGCAGAAAUUUUGGCUUAGCCUCAUUGAUGGGAUCUCUAUUAGACAAUUAAACUUGGUAUAACAACUCUCCAACUACUAACCAGUGGAACUGAGGAUGUCAUAGUUUAAAAUACUCCAGACUUUCCUUGUGGGAAUAUAAAACAAUCCCAAACCAACAGAGUUUUGAAUAAUUAUUGUAAUCACUCCGCACCCUAAACAUGGCCAGCUAAGGGCGUUGAGGUGAUCUCUCUCUCCCUCUUCUCUCUCUCCUUCCUCAUGAUUAAAACCUUCCAGGAAUUUCUCAAUUGCAGCAGUCUGUCUUUUUCCCUUUCGACAGAUGAGUGGAAGGAGAACCGUUGUGGUGAUAUUCUUCUUCUGGGCUCUCCUGACGAUCAUCACACCAACACUGGUUCAUCUGUCUGAGUCUGCCAAACUCAAGCUGAGUCUAAAUGGCGAAAAUAUCGAUACCGAAGCCUUGAGGGCCAGAAAAGCGUUUGGAUUCCUGAAGAAAUCAUCAGCAAGUAAACCGUUGGACACCGCACGCGCCACGGCACCAGUUCCAGCGCCGUCGCCGUCACCGUCGCCAGAACCUCAGCCAGCUUCUUCGAGGGUCAACAGGAAUCAAGCUCAAUGAGAUUUUGGAUGAGGAAAUCAACUCAGUGUCAGUUUAAUUGGUCAUGCAUAAUCUCUCAGCUAUGAAGCUGCCUCACAUUGGACAAUGUUGAGCUAUAUAAUUGCGUGUAAGCAGGUCGUGGAUUCAGAUUGAACAGCCAGAGACUGGAGGGUGAAGCAAAGUGGUCAUGGCUUGUGACUCGUGUACCUGGAAGUUCCACGCAUCAUCACAGCCUCAACAGUGGUUUUGGGGAUGACUCCUUGAUUGAAUUAGGACGCAAGUGGAAUUAUUCAUCUUUAACAUUUAAUUUUUCCAUCAUGGCCCUUCAUACGAUUCUGUCACUGUUGUACAUAGACAGAGGGAUUAAAUUGUUGACAAGGUUCUGACAUAUUUACUUGUAUUGUUAUGUAACGUUGUAAUAAUAAGAAUUGGAAUAUUAUACACCCAAA